AUGAGUGCACUGGAACCUGAGAGAGUUCAGAGUGAGGAUAGUACAAGUGAGCUGAGGAUCAUCCUGUUGGGAAAGACUGGAGUUGGAAAAAGUGCCACAGGAAACACCAUCCUGGGAAGAGAAGCAUUUUACUCUGGGCUCUCAUGUUCCUCUGUGACUCCUUUUUGUGAAAAAGCCAAAGGCAUUGUCAAUGGCAGAAGAGUUGCUGUUAUUGAUACUCCAGGCCUUUUUAACACCAAUGAAGGUAAUAGUGAAAUAGUGGAAAGGAUCAAGUCAUGCAAAUUUCUGUGUGCACCAGGACCUCAUGUGUUCUUAGUGGUUCUGCAACUUGGCAGAUUUACACAAGAAGAGGUGGAUACUGUGGAGAUCAUUCAACAGAUAUUUGGUGAAGAUUCCUUACAACACACCAUGGUGCUAUUUACACAUGGAGAAAGGUUAAAGAGAAUCAAGAAGAACAUUCAUCAAAUUGUGCGUGACAUUUCUGAAUUAAUGAAAAUUAUUCAGCUCACCAAAGGACGAUACCACGUAUUCAACAACGAUGAUGAGGAUUCAACACAAGUUAGCGAGUUGUUUGAAAUGAUAAAACAACUGUUUAAUGGAAAUGGUGAACAACACUACACAAACAAUUUUCUGCAAGAAGCUGAGGAAAUUAUUCAAAAGGAACAAGAACGACUUCAAAGGGAAAGUCACCUGGACGCCAAGCAAGCGAGAGAAAAAGCAGAACAAAGCAGCACAUACCUGAAAGUUGCAACUGGUGUUGGGAUAACUACUGCAGUCACUGGUGUAGCUGCUGCUCCUCUUAAAGGCUUCUGCACAAUACAGUAA